AUGAACAUUUUGGUUAUUAGCUUGUUAUUAAUAGCUUUAAACUAAAUACAAGCAGGAAUAGGAACAGAUUAUACUUGCAACCAUGAUUUAGAAAACCACGCAACAAAUGUUCCUCCGAAUUUUCUUGAGGAAUUUGAAAAAAAUUACGGAAAGAGAUUAUUGUAAUCUAAGCCAAACGAGUAGCCAAUUAGGUUAACAUUUGAUUUUACGCAGCUAUCAAAUGCUUAAAAUGGAUUUGGUAUGAAUGACUAUAUAAGAAACUACAUAAUUAAUAUAGUGAAAGCAGCUUAAAGGUAUUUUAGGAGCUUUAUCAAAGUAAUCCCAAGGACUAAGCCAAUUAAAUCUUUAAAUUAUGGAUCAUGUGGAAAUCCUCCAUUUGUGGUUCACUAUCCUCCAGAACUCUAAGGAAACGGGAAAGGUAUUGAAAAUUCAGACUUGCACAUACUAGUAACAUAUUAUAACGAUAAAAAUACAGGAGAGAUAGCAAGUGCAGGAUGGUGUGACUUAGACCCUAACCCAAUAAUUGGUAGAAUUAGAUUUAACCUUGCUUUUUUAAAUACAACAUAGAGUAACAGACAUUUUCAAGAUAAUUUUGUAUUAGCUUUACAUGAAUUAACUCAUGUUAUGGGUUUUUCAAAUCAACUUUAUUAGUAUUGGAUUGAUCCAUAAACCGGGAAGCCAUAUGGAGUUGAUAGAGUUUACAAAACAGAAAACUUGUGGGGAAUAUCAAAUGUUUUUAAAAUAAUUACCAAAAAUGUAGUUAAAACAGCAAAAAAUCACUACGCUUGUCCUUACAUUAAUGGAAUGUUUUUAGAAAAUUAAGGUGGAUCAGGAUCUAAAGGUUCUCAUUGGGAAAAGGAUUUAAUCAGAAAUGAGUAUAUGGCAGCAUAAUAGAUUUUAGGAGGUGUUGCUAUAACUGAGUUUACUGCAGCACUAUUAAGAGAUACAGGAUUCUACUCUAGUAUAAAUAGUAAUGUACUUAAUCCCCUCUUUUGGGGAAAAAAUAAAGGAUGUGAAUUUUAUAAUAACACCUGCAAAUCAUAUUAAAAGUUUGCAGAAUUUCCAAAAGACAUUGUUGGCAAAAGAAGUUGUGAUUUUUAUCAAACAGGUAGUGGAGUUGUUGCUUAUAUAAUGGAUAUUUUUUCUUAAUGUCCAGUCAUCUUUAGUUUUCAAAACUAAUUUUGUUCAGAUCCAUCUUUUUAACCUGAUUAAUCUAUUAGAUAAAAUCCAGGUCCAAAUUCAUUUUGCUUAAAUUCAAAUUUAGCUGAAAAAGGUGUUCAUAAAGAUGCUGGCAAUCAGAGAUGUCAUAAGAUAAAAUGUAAUUCUGAUUUUUCAUAAAUAACUAUCUACACAUGGUAAGAUGAGUAUGUAACAUGUAAAUAUCCUGGACAAGCCAUUGAUGUAUCUAAACUAAAAAAAGGUGUUUUUGGAACUAUCUUCUGUCCUUUAGAUUUUGAAUAGACUUGCACAUUUCCCUAAGAUUGUCCCAAUUUAUGCUCUUCAUAAGGAGUUUGCAUGAAUGGAUAUUGCAUAUGUGUAGAUGGAUAUGCUGGUAUUGACUGCUCAUAUAAAUGUCCCUUUCCAACAGCUUUUUAUUAAGGAACUUGUGUCUAAAAAUGCCCAGCAAAUACAUUCAAAAAUCCUGACAAUACUUGCAAACAGAGUUGCCCAUAGAGAUAUUUUCCAGAUUAAAAUUCAUUUGAAUGUGUUUUGUGCCAUAGUUAAUGCUCUUCAUGUUUUGGUGAACUUUCUACUUAGUGCUAUAAAUGCAAUCUUGGAUUUGAGUUGUAGGGAAAUUCUUGUGUUGAAUAUACUUGCGAUCCUAUUUGCGGUACUUGUAAUGGUAGCAGACAUGACUAAUGCACAAGCUGCUAUUAAGAUAAAACUCUAAUUGGAACGACUUGUGUUCAUAGUUGUAACUCUACUUGCAAAACUUGUGUUAACUAAAAUGAUCCUAAUUCUUGUCUUAGCUGUUUUGAUAACUACUAUCUUAAAGACUCUUAAUGUUUGCCAUGUCCUUCACCUUGCGGUACUUGCUAGUUAGUUGAUAAAUAAAUUGUUUGUAACUCUUGCAAUUCAACUUCCUUGUAUAGAUUUGAUUCCAAAAAUAAUAUUUGCAUACCAAUUUGCUAUGCUUCUUGCCUUACAUGUAAUAUGCCCUUAGAUAAAAAUUCAUGUGUGACUUGCAAAGAUGGAUUUUAUUUGAGUAAAAAUUAAUGCUUACCUUGUUCUUCUCCUUGUUUGUCAUGCGAAAAUAAUGCUACAACUUGUUUAAGUUGUAUUAACAAUACUGAUUUUAUUUACGAUUCAAUUAACAAAAUCUGUAAAUAUAUAUGUAAAAGUCCAUGCACAAAUUGCGAUCUUACUAAAGAUACUUGUACAUCUUGUAUCGAUGGUUAUUACUUAGACUAAGUUACUUGUAAAAAAUGCAAAAGCCCUUGCAAAAAAUGCACUUAGAAUGCUUCUAAAUGUACUUAAUGCAUUGAUAAUUACGUUUUGAAUGAUUCUAAUUAGUGUAUUAAUUUAUGCGACUAAUCUUGUGCAACAUGUUCUAUUCAGCAUGACAAAAAUGCUUGUAUUACAUGCAAUGAUGGAUAUACAAUGAUCAAUUCUCUGUGUUUAUAAUGCAAAUUUCCAUGUUCAUAAUGCAUAGAUUCUCAGGAUAAAUGUACUGAAUGUGCAGAAGACUAUGAGUUGAAUGGAAACAUCUGUAAACCUGGAUGCAGCCAUACUUGUAAAACUUGCUCUAAAUUCCUUGAUAAAAAUGGCUGCACUAGUUGCAGAGAGUAAUAUUUUUUACAAUCUAAAAAUGGUAUCGAUGGCAGAUGUUUUAAAUGUAACAACUCAUGUAAAUCCUGCAAAGAUUCAUAGACUUGUGAAACAUGCUUUGAAGAUUAUUAAAUAUCUUCAAAUGGACUUUGCACUAUGAUUUGUGAUUAAUCAUGCUUAACAUGUUCACGUCCGAAAGAUAGCAAUGCAUGUCUAACAUGUAAAGCACCUUCAAUUUUAGUAAAUAACUUUUGCGAAUAAUGUAAAGACGGAUUCUUUUAUUCUUAAGGAGAAUGUAAAAAGUGCAGUAAGAAUUGUAAAUCUUGUGAAAAUGAAUAACAAUGUUCGAAAUGUGAAGAUGGAUACAAAAAAGACUCAUUAAAAGGCUGUGUCAAAUAAAAAUGCCAUUUUAGUUGCAAAAAAUGUGUUGACAAUUCGUAUGAUUCUUGCAUUACUUGUUAGGGAAACAGAGAAUUAAUAAAAUCAGAUUCAUCAUAGUAAUAUGGUGUUUGUUAAUGUCCUGAACUCACAACUGACACUAACUAGCCUUAAUGCUCUUAGUCUCAUAUUUAAAGCAAUAUCAAAAAAACAGUGACUGCAACAUUUACUGGCUCUGUAACGGCGUCAAUAGUAGCAAGUUCGCUACAAUAGAAUCCAUUAAUGUUUUUUACUCAAUUAGAAUUUAGUUAAAGUGUGAGCUAUUUAACUUAUGUGAAUUAUUAGCAACCUGUAGGAUUUGAUUAAGUUAUGAAAGUUAUUUCCUACUCCAGCCUAAAAUUUGAUUAAAAUCAAGAUUAAUAAUCUUCAAAUUAGACUUAAAGAAUCCUUGAAAACUAAACCAUGGAAAUUUAAAAUCAAGAUUUGAUAAUAAAAAGUGAAAAUCCUAAGCUUAGAAUGAAUAACCAAUCUACAAGUUUCUUAAAGAAUUCUUUUAUAAUUCUAAUAAUACAAGGUUUUGCUUGGUCAAUGUCCGUCAUAGCUUAUUUGAUUAAGAAGUAUAUAUAAUAAAGUAUAAAUAUGAAGGUUGUAAAAUUUAUUGUAAAAAUUUUCUAUUUAUCGAUACCUCUGAUUUUAUUCAUUAUUUGCAGCUAGUAAAUGUGGAUAUGUAUAUUUUAUGAGUUUAAUCUACAGUCAAACGGAUAAGCAAAUACAGUUGAUUUUGUUUCUUCAGUAUGUGCUCUUUUUUACAUGUUUUGUAUACUAGCUUACCUCUUCUACAAGCUAGAAUACAAAAAGUGCUUAAAAAAUAUAUAUUAAACUAGUUCAGCCUAAACUAUUUAAGAUAUUAACAUUGAUUCGUUUAAAAUUAGUUAUUUAAUGAGAAGUAAAGACAAUUUUUAUUUUAUUUAUAAACUAGUAAAACAAGAUAGUUUUAUGACAAGGAAUGUCUUCCAGUUUAUAGUGAUUGUAAAAAUGAUAAUAUCUCUAGUUUCAACAUUUGUAGUAAGCAGUCCAUAUCCUCAAAUCGCAACAAUGGCUACUUGUUAUUUUGGAUUAUCUAUUUAUUUAGUAAUUUUUAGACCCUUUAAGCUGAUAUAUUACACCAUAUCUCUAUUAGCAAUUUAUGUAUCAAUAACCAUAAUUUCUAUAAUUUAUGCAAUUUCUAUUAACUAUGAAGAUGAUCCUGACAAGAGCAAGGGCUUUUCUAUUGCCAUUCUUGUUUUAGUUAUAGGAAUUUAUGCUAUUAUUGUAUUAGCAUCUUUGAUUUUGUUAACAAUUAAACUGAUAAAAAUGCUUAAACAUUAUAAAUCUUAGUAAAAACUAUAAAUUGAAUUAAAAUAAAUGCAAAAAAUCAAGCAAAUUGAAAAUGCUAAUUUAUAAUAAUCUAAUUAAAAUUUUGAACCAAACUAAAUUGCAAAUAAUUUAAACAAUUAAACAUAGAAAUAAAUUAUAACAGAUAAAAACUUAAGUUCUGAUAAAAAUUUAAAUUGA